UACAAAACGGUCACAAUCCUUUAAUUUUGCACGUUUUGGUAAAAUAAGUUUGAGUGAAUAACGAAUUGGUCAAUCCGUCCACUUCCGUCCAAAACUCCGUUAUCUUUUGCCCAAUCAGCAUGACAUGUCAUUAAAAUAUUAAUAAAAAAAUAAGUUAAUCAUCCUAAUUAACACCACACAACCCAACCGGCCGUACCCAAAGUCUUCCCUUUUCCUUCAUCUUCUACUUUGAUAUUCUCCACCGCCCUGUAAAUCGCCAUUGCUGAUGACGAAUCCAGCGACAACGACCGCCUCAACCCCUGCAAAUCCCCUGCCCCUUCUCUCCCUCGUUCGAACACAUCGCUUGGAACCCACGAAAGACUGCUCCUUAAUAAUACCAUCAAUCUCUUUGAAUGAUCUGAAAGGUCCGGUUCAUUGCUACUAUUGUCACCACUCACCACUACCAAGACUCACUUCACCCUCUCGCUCCUCCUCCGGUGCAGUCAUUAGAGUUGUAGGUUCCAAAUUCUCUACUGUAGAAUUUUCCCCAGAAUUGAGAUUCAUCGAUGACCCUACAACAACAGCUUGAACAGCAACAGCUCUGGAAUUCGCAUCGACGGCAACGAUGGGGCGUGGCAGAGUGGGCAAUUUUUGUGAGAUCUAAGCCAAGUAUCGACGCAAGGGAUGUGGAAAGCGUGGCUACACUUGGGCAACAACCUCAAGCUUUCGCCUUCUUCAAACUCGCUCAGGCAAACAGAGCAGUCUGUAUUGGAACAUCGCGAUUGAUUCGAUUUUCGAGUGUUCCACGGUGUGGAUGUACCAAAUCGGCUGAUCAAUCACAGGGCCAUGAUCUUCCGCGAUGAAAUCGUCCUGUGUAGCAAAACAGUCGACGGAUCCCGCCGCCGCCAACUGAAGCUCAAAUUCCUACGCUGCCGCCUCGGUCUCCAUAUUCGAAGAACUAAACAGAAGAUUCCUAUAAGCAGAACAAAGCCGAUCAUCGCCCCCGCGACGGUCAUGCUCGUGACCAGCAGAUUCUUCCGGUUGAAGUGCCCUCCGGUCGGAAUCAGGGAGGGAGCGACGGGGAACUUGGUGGGCGGCGCGAAAGAGGCGGCAGAAAGAUUAAGGUAGAAGUUGUCAUCGUUAUCUUCUGGUCCGAUCGCCACUCUCUCCCGCAAGUAGCUGACUUUCUCCAAUUCGAGGGGGGGGGGGUAUUAUGAUACGGCCGGUUGGGUUGUGCGGGUCAAUUGGGUGAUGAACUAAUUUUUUAUUAUUAAUAUUUUCAAUGACAUGUCAUAGUGACUGGGCAAUGGAUAACGGAGUUUUGGACGGAUUGACCAAUUCGUUAUUCACUCAAACUUAUUUUACCAAAACGUGCAAAAUUAAAGAAUUGUUACCGUUUUGUACAAAUUGAAUAAGUUUAUUACCAUUUAUGAUAAUUACCCGCCAACUUAUAGACUAUAGUUUGUUUGAUGAGAUUUUAGCAUUGUUAUAAGCACCGAAUUAGUGGUUGGGCAGCCGAAACCGUCAAAUUAUGAUAGCAGUUUGGUUUAUUGAUUCAACUAUUAUUAAUUGACUAAGCGGUUUAUCACGGUUUAACAUAAACUAAGACCAUCAAACCAGAAUUAUUAAUUUUAUUUUUGCUUCCUCUUCUCAUUUUUCAACCUUGUUGUCGUAUUUACGUGGUCAACUACUGACUAGCACCGUAAUUUUUAACUAUCAACGGUUCACCAAGGAUUUUGUAACGGUUAACCACUGAACUCUAAACCAUUAACUUUUCCGGUUCAACAUUCGACUCGGUUCUAAAAACAGAGGAUUUUAGGUAUGUUUUAGAAAUUUUGCCUUCUUUUUCGUCUUUUUAUGCCAUUUUUUAAGUGAUUAGCUGUGUUUUUUGGAUGUGUGUUUAUGGUAUGCUUCAUGAUAGUUUUGAUAAUGAUAAUAUCUAAAAUAAAUUAGUAACGCCACACGCAUGUUUCCUCUAUAAUUUUUGAAAAUGACAAAUGUUUUCAUCCGUUUACAAAUUCGCAUUAAUUGUGAAACCAUUAGAAAUAAAACAAUUUAUCAAAACUAAAUGUUCAUGUUAGCUAGAGCUAUUGUUAGCAUCACACUAUCAAAUUAGAUGUUAGCACUAGCACUUUAACAUUUGCUCUGCACUAUGAUGGUGGUAAAAAGUGAUAUAUUUGUUUUUGAAAAUUUUCCCAUAAAUUUGUAUAUGACAAUAAAUCAUGGUAAACUUGUUCCUUCUUUACAAAAAAAUUCAAAUUUGAGUUAAAAACAAAAGUGAUUCAUAGUGACACCAGUUCGUAACAUAGAGGUAUGAAAAAAAUUCUUGAAAUAUAUUUAAAAUAUAUAUCGUUUGGUAGAUCACAAACUCAUCGCAUGAGUGUAAAAAAUCUAAAAUUCGAGUUAAAACAAACAAAAUAUAAACCGAUUAAAAAAGUAAGAAAAUUCUCACGUUGCUUUGAGGUGGUGGAAGUAUGUUGAAACUAGAAGGAGUUAUAGCCUCCAACUCCUGAAAUAUAUGUAAAAUUACAUAUAAAAUUCUUAACAAAUAUUGAAAAUAGAGUUGUCAUUAAAGUCUUAGCCCCUCCUCAAUUGAACUGUUCAAUCUGAGCCUAAUAAUUUUACAAAAUCAAUGAAUAAGGAUUAUUGUGCCGAAUUGUGUGUUACUUUAUGUCUUUCGUUCGGAUAAUUGCAACAUUUUAACUUAAAACCAUCCCAGGCGAUUCAACUUGUAAACCUUAUUUAUUUUCAUUUUUCAAAUUUAUGUUUACCUAAUGAACUAUGAUUUUUGUGUUAAGUUUUUAGAGAUCAUGAUUGAACAAACUCUAUCACUAAUAGAUUUUAAUGUCUAUUGAUUCAGGAUUUGCUUGAUGCAUCUUAACUAAUUGUAUUCACCACCACUAUUAAGAGUGAGUUGCUUGGAUGUAUUUGUACAAGAUGUUAUUAAUCUAAGUUGUAUCAUAUUAUAUCAUAUUAUAAUUUUAUGUUUCGUGUGAAAUAAUAUUGUAAAUCACAAGUUUAAAUUUUUAUUCGGUCCAUUCGUGUCGGAGUCCGAUUGCGGGUUGUUGGGAGUAUUUGUGAAGUCAAUGUUGUUUAUCUCAAUGUUAUGUCAUUUAAAUUGCAUCUCAUUGUAUGAGUUAUAAUGAUAAGAGUAGUAGUUUAACUUUGAUUUAAGUAUAAUAUAUCAUUUACUAAUGCAUUUUUAUUAAUUUUUUUUUCUUAAACACUCCCAAGUACUUUGAAAAAAUUUGCACAUAUGUCCUACUAUUAAAAUUUCCAAAUAAACCCAUCAAACAUGAUCAAAUCGUGCUUUGAGCAAUAAACAUGUCCAAAAUACAUCUAAUAAUUUUACUUUAAUACAUUUUUUGAUCUCUUUCUGUAUAGACAAUACAGUGGCGGACGCAUGAAUUUUAUUUAGGAGUGUCCUCUUCCAAAAAUUAAAUUAAAAACCUUAAAUAAUAAAAUAUCUGACUAGUACAAGUUAUUACAAAAUACUACGACGUGUUUUCAUAUUCUGAAAAAUUGUAAAUACAUUCUAGGUCCACAGUACUCAACAAAUCUCUUUCAAUAUAUCCUACUAAACAAGCAUUUAUGAACCAAUAACAUAUUUUCUUUGGAAACUUGUACUUGAUGUAACCCAAAGAUGAAAAAUUCACUUUCAUUAUCUGUAAUAAUUUUCCCAAUUGUUUCACAUGACAUGGCAUGAGCAUUCUUUUUUGCAUCUCUGGAGAGAUAAAUUGGAGGUUUCUUGGAGCAUUCUUUCCAAUCAUACUUUGCACAUCUAAUGUUAGAGUAGUCAAAGAGUAAAGGAAAUAUCAUAUUGGUGCGAGAAGGAAAGUGCAAGUUGUUUUUAAGUUUUCUUUCCACUUUAGUUAUUGGAUAAAGUGGUUAGUUGGCUUUUGGAAAAAGUGUGGGCUAUUUAAUUUGACAUAUUAAACCGCACUACGCAUUUUGCACGUUUGCGCGACGCGUUCGGAUUUGAAUUUUUGGCUAAUUAAUUACCGAAAUUAUUUUAAUUAAUUAAUCCGGAUAAUUAUUUGAUUUUGAAUUUUGUGAAACGACGUCACCCUUCGGAAGGGAACUGCCGUUUUCACUAUAAAAAUUUCUGCAGCCGAACUUCUGUCAAAACGUUCAUCUUCUUCUCCUCGUUUUUCCUUCUCCAAAAACACAAACACAAAAGUCACGAAAGGUGCUGCUUUCUGACUUUGAUUGGAGGGACUCCUGGGGGUGGUUUGCCUAAAUCCUACUAGCAACAAAGUAGUGGGGGCAAAUAAACACUCUAAGGAGAGUGAUCUAAUCACGCCUUCAAUCGUUCUCUUCCAUACUGUUUCCCUGACAUCUUCUUUACCAAGAGCAUGAAAGUCUAACAGUUGAAGAAAGUUAUCUUUGUUGUUGAAGAUGCAUAUUCAUUAUCCAAUCGAAAUGACAAUCUAUUCACUACUAGUCACCAAAUGGAGGGGUAAAACUAGUAUUCCUCCAUUUUGUUGAGUGUCUUCCGAACAAUGGUUUGAUUGUGAUUGACAAUUUUUUAAUGUAAAUUUUAAUAGAAUGACAUGUUUGAUUUCUUCCUAAAGUAUAGAGGUAAUUUUUAUAUGCAAAAUAGUUGAAGGAUAUGUUUAAUAAAAAUGUACACUAGAGAGGCAUAUUAUAUACCUAUAAACUUUUAAAUUUCUAUUCCGUGCAUUUGUGAUAUAGGAAUCCAUUAUAACUAUCCAAGUGCUAAAGCCUGGCUGUAUUUGUACAUUGAUUUAAUUUAUCUUGGUUUUCUGCUAUUUAAAUUUGGAUUUAUAAAAGUACUAGUUUAUAAUUUUUAUUCAAUGCAUCGAUCGAUGCUGCAAGUUGUGUUCAGAAAGUGAUAAAAGAUUAAUACUAAUCAAUUUGAUAGAAGGUGAAAAGGAUUUAUACAAAUCAUUUUGAUCAGCACUUCUACUAUGCUAUAAAGUAUUGGUGCUUUAAUGUACAACUUAAAGUUGUACCAUAACGUUAAAUGUAUAAUUUCAGGUUGUGCCAUAAAAGAAUUUGUGUUCUUAUGUUAUGGUACAACUUUAUAACUUAAACUUGUACCAUCAAAUGAAAGUACAAGUUUAAGUUGUACCAUAAAACAAUUUGAAAAAAGAGUAUAGGUACAAUAUGAAGUUGUACCAUAACGUUAAAGAUACAACUUCAAGUUGUACCAUAAAGGGAAAGACCUAUAGCACCAAUGCUAUAUAGUAUUGUAAAAUUCCUCCAUUUUAAUAGGGUGAGUUGACGAUUAAUGAUUUAGGAUUGAUGGAAAAUGAUAUGAAUGAUGUUGGGUAUAGGAAACUUUUGUUUUAGUUGUGUGGAUUUGAUGGUAUUUAGUGGGCUAGUGGCUGCUUUUACAAAUGUGAAGAUUCCCAUAUUGGAAUGACAAUGACUGAAUGUUACGUUCGCUUUACACUUAUUUAAUUUAAAUUUUCUGGAUUAAUGCGUGGAAAAAAUCCAAAAGUACCAUUGUUUAAAAAAAAAUUCAAAAAUACCACCCAACCCCAAAAAAUUCCAAAAAUACCAUCAUUUUUCAAAAACUGUCACCCCAUUUUGCGGUUUACACGAAAACCGUUUGUCGGGGGCGCGGUUUUCGUUUGCGUGCCUAGGGGGCGGUUAUAUAAAAAAAAAUUUGGACCAAACCGCUGGGUGGGGUGGCGGUUUGGCCCAAAACCGCCACCCCACCAGCGGUUUGGUCCAAAUUUUUUUUUCCGAUCAACUCCGAACUUCGGCCGAAACUUCAAACGAACGUAACUUUGCACUCGGGUAUCCGAUCGUAGCGAUUUUUUUUCAUUUCGCAUAACUUUUCAAGAUCUACAACUUUUACUAGGAUGAAAUUUUCAAAACAGGAACUAUUUGUGGAUAUACGGGAUCUUGGGAAUAACUUUACCUUUACUUUUCACAAAUCCAUGUACAUUUUGAAAUUAUAAUUAUAUUAAAAGUUGUAGAUCUUGAAAAGUUAUGUGGAAUCAAAAAAUAAUUCAUGACAUUCGGAUUUUGGAGCACAAAGUUAUGGUCGCCCAAAGUUUGACGAAAUAAAAAAAAAGGCUCGUUCGGGGUGACAAAUGACGUUUUUUCGAGACGAAAGCGGGACCCGACAGUUUGCGGCUUGCAAGAUCUCAAAAAGUUAUUCGGAUUCAAAAAAUGGAGGCCGCAAACUUUUUGAGAUCUUGUAAUAGAUGCCCUUAAAGUUU